AUGAGUGACCCCGCGUCAUCUACGGGUACACCACCAGAUCACUCAUGUGAUACUAGCAUUCUCACCGCAAAAUAUUUGAUGAGACAUUCAAGCGAGAAAGACUUGAUCCAUCGCAUGCGCAAAAUCCUCCAAGUUCUACAGCACGACGAGUGCAUUGAAGCCAAUGCGCCUGAAUAUCCUGGGUUAGCGGGACUUUGCUUGUCUUUAACCCAGUUUGUGGAUCACCAAGACAAAGAAUCGGAUACUCUGAAGAUUUUUCGGCAAACAAUUCGACAGUUAGCAAGUCUUGCCCACACUACAUCGCCGAAGCAACCAAACUUUCACUCUUAUAUGCGAAUUCUUGAACUACUUGCCGAAGUGAAAAUCGCCGUCCUUCUUGUAGAGUUGCACAAGGAUGGAAAUGAGGGCGAAGCACUCAGUGUCCUCGCGGAACUAUUUCGGACAAUUCUUCAAUCAGUCAGGACUCAUCACCCCCACGAAGUAUUCGAAAUGACUCAAAAGACGAUAUCAGGAUGCCUUGAGGAGUAUGGUGAGGGAGUGCUAAUUCCUACAGCCCUCUUGGACGAAUUGCUUAUUUGUGUCGGACAAGGCCCCAUUGUACUUGUCACUGACCCAUCUAAGGCCGCGGAAGUUGCCAAGCAGCAAAAGAGUGGGAGGAGGACGAAAACAUGGCCACCUCACCAAGUGGAGCAAGAAAAUCCGUCUUAUGUUGUCGCUUCUGCUAUAAUCCGGAAGACUGUUGAUCGUCUUUCGACACCAAUUGCAAACCUGCUGAAUGGGCUUUUGAACACAGAUCCGCGAGUGGUUGCUGAAUCUUCCAUACUAAACACAGUUCCCGGAGAGUUCAAGCUGAAUCAUCCAAAGCAACAAGAUCAAUCAGCGGUUGCAAACGUUUGGAACGUUGUAUACGAAUUUCAUCGGAUUGCGCCAUCCAUACUGACAACAGUUAUUGGAACGCUUUCCAACUAUCUCACAAGCCCAGAACUUGAACAACGCUUAAUGGUAGUUAGGUUGCUUGGUCGUUUGUUCUGUGGAGAUGACGCAAAACUUGCUGUCCAAUUUCGUUCCUGCUUUCGAGAGUGGCUCAGAAGAACCAACGACAUAGAUCCAAAAAUCCGGUUGAUGAUGGUGGAAUACCUCCUUAUAUUGAUAUCUUCAAACGUGACAGAGGUUUCAGCUGAUGCUCAACAUAUCUUGGCAAAGCAGCUGACAGAAGACUCGUCUCAUUUAGUCCGCCUAAGACUAAUUCAUGGAUUGUGUGACGUCGCCCAUGAACAUCGUGACAUCCUAUGUCAAGAGUUGUGGAAGCUAGUUGGGAGUCGAGUAUCCGCGAAGAAUAAACAAGAGAGAAAGGACGCCGUGACAGGACUGGCACAAAAUUACUUCACGAACUACACUGCAUACCAUUUGUUGAAUGUUCAAGAUGAAGGUGACGAUUGUUCUCUGGAUACAGUGCGGAAGGCCCUGCGAACUUGUGCUCAACAAGUCAGUGAAGAUAACUACUCGUGGAUCCCUGAUAAGAUUUUCCAAGCUGCAAGCUUUGGGGACACCGUAGAUCCAGAUUUGCGGAAUCGUGUGUUUCUUGUCAUGGACGAAAUUCUAUUGGGAUCUGAACUGCCGAACUCUUCAAAGCGACUGAGUGCAACUACACGGUCCGCUGGACUGGCAAUUCUAGUUCAUUCAUUGAAACAAGAAUCUGUCUCAAAUUCGUACGCAUGGGUUGGAGAUUUACUGAAGCAGCGUUCAAGGCUGCAGAAAGCAUCAAGAGAGUAUCUCGGAGCCCGACGAAAGAUUAAGGAACAUCCUCAAGGUUCGGAACAAUCAAUGGCCGCUGAUGCAGAAGCUCUUGACAAACUAGAAGUGAUGGCUUGCAUGACGGGUGGUCGGUCCAUGGGUGCUGCAGAACGAAGCCCGAUCUUGGAAUCCUUUCAUAGAGCAAAAGACAAGAAUAUUUUUCGAAUUCUUGCUACCAUCUCCAACGCAACACACAGCAACAUUUCCCGCAGUGUUGCUUUCGAGGAGCUGCCGAAAAGAGUCAAGAAUAUGGGGGAAGAUACCGUGAAGUGGGUAAAGACACUUGUACGACGUUGCGCAAUGGGGGAGUUUAUAAACAAAGAAGUAGUCCGCCAUUGCAUUCUUCUUGCUGACGAAUGCUUUCAAGCAGAGGAUAUUGAAUCUUCACAGAAAUUUCUUGAAUGUGUCUAUCUUGCAGUGGAAUCUUUUCCUGAGCUGUGUAGCACUACGGAGUGCUUUGGAACGUUGAUUGAACUCUUUGUGAGCUGCCGUAUGGUUACCUGCAACAAGAUGAGCCGGUUAAUCACACGCUUUGGGGUUUUAAGUACCUUGAGUGCGAUCCUGUCUUCAAUUUCCCCACACGUGAAACCAGGUAUGAUCGAUGUCUCACGAACUGCGAGUCAGCACCUCUUUGACCUUUGUUCAGUUGAUGGAACUCCCGAACAAGCUCGUCACGCUGUUGGAACGAUAGCGAACCUAUACGGUGUAAAGGAGAUGGGUAGUUUGUCUCAAGAGCAAAACGAUGCCUUCACUGAACUGCUUGACAGCUUGACAGCUCCCUCAAAGCUUUUUCUCUCCGAUAAUUCUGACCCAAGGCUCAUCACUAUACUUGUUGCUCUUGCAGAGCUUUCACUGCACUCGUCGGAGGUAUUCCACUCAGUAAAGGGAAGACAAUCGAUCCAAUUCGCGUUGGAUUUAAUCCGUUUCGGUCGUCAAGGUUCGGGCAAAGGGGAUCAAAUAGAUACUUCUGCUCAUGUUGAGAUCGAUCAGGCAACACCAAGCAAUCAAUCCAGGCGUCACCGCAAAUUGACAUCUCAACAGAUGGAAGCAAAGCUGUCCGAUCCUUCUUCUACUGACAGCAUUAUUGAUGAUUCCUCGCUCUCGGUGUCAUGUCGAACAUACUGUGCCGCUAUUCAAUUUGUCACGUCUUUCAUUCGAGCUGAUUGUAUAUCUCUGAAGGAACCGCCAAAAGAUUCACCCAGAGUCCACAAUCCAGAAUUGGAAGAGCAAAUGUUCGAUCUACUUACCCGCAUCAUUCUGGAUCAUGGUCUCUCGAAGCUCCAUAUUAAUGAACUACCAAUGGAAGCAGAGGAACGCCGAGCUUUGAAACAAUGCGCUUGCAUUUGUGUUCUGCGGCUGUGUGAUCCCCGGCUUCGCCUUGAUCGUAGACACCUUACGACCGAACGGUGGCACAUCCUAGCUGAAACCUUUUUGGAAGAUGAGCGUGAAGUAAGAGAAGCUCUUAUGAAAGAGCUUAGCUUGAUGCUUACCGGAAACGGAAGCUUUGGAAAUUUCAGGGGCCAUAGCGCUAUGGUCCCCCUUCUACGAUUGAUCGCUUUCGUUACACUUUGCGUCGACGGGGACAAUGGUUUGAGCAGCUCAGCAGCAAAUGGCAAUGCCGCCAAUGUUGGGAAAACAGCCCUUAGCAUCAGAUACCACACAAGGGAAUGUGUGAUUGCUCUUCGAAAAGCAUUCGAGGCAACUGCUGUACAAGCUAGAGCGCACGGAGCAGAAGCGGAGAAGGCCUUUGAAUCGAAGAUGAAGGUCUCGCUAAUGCCCGAAUUUGUCGUUCUAUACGCAUUUCAUUUGCUUUCAUUUAGACCAGAAACACCUUUGUGCUGGUCUGGCAGUUCCUCACAAGUGAACUUAAACUCGGAAGUCCAUGUUGAUGAGAACGGUGAGCGAAUUCUACGAAAAAGAUUGAAAUGGCUUUUUGAUCCACUGGUGCUCAGUUUGGGAGACUCAGCGGACAAUAUAUCAUUCUUGCUUCGAAUGACUGAAGCGUUAGGGAGUUAUGAGCCUAUCAUGCAUACAGCGUACAGCGCUAUCAAAAAGGGCUUAGUUUAUCGACCAAAUACUCAAAAUCAGCAUCUUGCGCCUUCGAAGUUAAAGGUCGUUUGCUUAGCAGCAAGGGAAGUGCUUCUGUCGUAUGUGAAGAAUGACGUGAAUUUGGCUUUUUAUCCGGGACAAAUCUCCCUCCCAGCGCACCUCUACCAGCGCGGACAGAAGCAUAUCACUUCCCGAGAUUCGGUGAGUCAGGUUCCCUGGAAAGAGCAAGACCAACCGCCUGAUUUAUCGAACUUACCAAUAUCUAAUGGGUCCAAGUCAUCGGAUUCCACUUCGGUGGACAGCAACCUUGGAUCCCAUGAAAAUCUCCAUUCACUGGAAAGAGCGGAAAGUCAGUCAACAUCCGCGCAAAUGGAUACAAGUGAAAAAGCCAGCGGCAUUUCUCCUCUUCCGACUCAUCGCUUCACUCAAUACAACGGCCUUGACUCGGAAGAUAUCGCGCCAAGAGAGACAUCAUCCAUCGAAGGGUGGGCUAAUUCCGAGAUUGACCUAACUCCAAGCGCAAAAGACGGUAGCCCAAAUAACGAGACAGUCUCCAGCAAACUAGGAAAGCGUUCUCAAUUUGCGCGAAGGCCCGAUGCUUCGAAGCGUCACAAGCGUGUCCAGCCAAGGUUACGAGCUCGAAAAUCCACCAGGAUACUGAGCGGUAAAAAAACAGGGAUGCCGUAUAUGAGCAUAAAACUUUCUGAAAGUGGAUCGACGGCCUUGAAGUCUGCAGCUGGGAAAGAAAACGCAAAGCAAUCGAAAAGUACAAAAAUACGCAGGAGCCCGAGACAUGUCGCCAAAGAGCCGAUGCAUUAG